UCAGUCGAGGUGAGGCUGCGUCCUCGCCUGAACCCGCCGGCGGAAGAAACAAAUAGGAGCCGCAGCGUUCGGCGCGCACCAGAACGAGGCGAGGCGAGGCUGCGGAGGAGCGCGAGCUAUUGACCGACCCGACCCGACCUAACUUAACCCAACCCAGGCAUGUGUGCGUGCUUCUUUCAUAAUACAGGCGAAAAUAAUCACACGUCCUUUGCUUAAGUAACUGCACAGGAGUUUCUGUCCGCACACAGUAGGUGGAGCUGUUGGUGUGUAGAACCGGGGUCUCUUCGGGAAGGACAUUCCGGCAGUUCUAGCAAGUCAGACUUCUUUCUCCCCUUCAUACCAUCAUUGUCGCUGGCCGAGUCCUUCGGACCCACCGAGUGUGUGCAGACCUCGCAGGACACACUGAGUGUGUGUUAGAGUUGGAUAUACAAGACAUGAUGGACCCAAGCACUGGUGCGCUACAGGAGCUGGUGUCACCCUUGCCGUCGUCCGCGGUGGUACCGGAGGCGGCGCAUUCCGACGGAGCAGCCUCCUUCACGGAUGAGGCCGUGUCCAUCCUCACGUCCAGCAGCCUGCUGGCUCGCUCCCUGCUAGGUCGCUCCUCAGCACUGAAACGCAAGGAGAGCCCCAGCGCAGGCAACAUGGCACGCCGCAAGCGCGAGUUCAUCCCAGAUGAGAAGAAGGACGAGGGCUACUGGGACAAGCGACGGAAGAACAAUGAGGCGGCUAAGCGCUCACGGGAGAAGAGGCGCGUCAAUGACAUGGUGCUGGAGAGCCGUGUGAUGGCGCUGCUGGAGGAGAACGCCCGGCUGCGGGCCGAGCUGCUGGCGCUCAAGUUCCGCUUCGGCCUGGUCAGAGAACCGGCUGAUGUGCCGGUGGUGCCCAUGUCCACCACUGGCUGUACGUCAGCGCCAUCUGCACCACGAUACUUUGUACCCCGUAGCGACGGGGGCCACCCUGCUACGGCAGCCCCGCCCCCGGCACCCCCACAAGGCUGCUUGUACGGUGGGGGUCGGGGCUCCCGGGAUGCCGGUAGCCUGUCUGAGGACUCUGGUUUCUCAACCCCUGGCAGCUCCAGUGUGGGCAGCCCUGUGUUUUUUGAUGACCGUAUGAGCGAACAUGGCAAGCUGUCCCCACACGGUGGGGAGGAGCCCGGGUAUGAGCCACACCCCUGCCCCAUGGGGGUGGAUGGAGAGGGAUUCCCCAGCGGCACUGGCGUGGGCCACUACUCCGGAGACCUGUCCCGGGAAGCGCCUGGGAGGCUGGACUCUGGGGAGGGCAUGAAGAGCCUGCCCCACAAGCUACGCUUUAAGGCAGCAGGUGGAGCCGAUGGCAGCGAAGCAGGGGGGGUGGGGUCAGAGAGCAGGCGGAGCCCCAUGCAGCCAACGGGGAUGCGGGAUAGCGCAGGGGUACCUGUGAGGAGCCACACCCUGCUCAGCAGUCCCGAGGGUCCGGGGAUGUGGCAGCAAAAUGCACGGGAGGAAGGGCGCGAGGGGCGCGUGCUUCACGAGCAACAAUACGGUCUGCAACUCUCGGGGUACGGCCUUGCACCCCCCCAGAACCAGGUGGACUCUCACUAUCACAUGGAGAACCACAUUCUGAAGAGCCAGCUGAGCUCCCUGAGUGAGGAGGUGGCCCAGCUGAAGAGGCUCUUCUCCCAGCAGCUGCUCUCCAAGAUGAACUGAGGGCCUCAGAAGGGCCCAGUGGCACUCUACCUCUUUUGGCAGAAGUAAACUGGACUGUGCAGAGGACAGGGGAGAGAGCCAGCAGUGGUGAUGGGAGUCACUGAAGCUACAGCCCUCCUAAGCAAAGGCCCGGAACACAGAGGGAGACCCCCUCGAGAGACUUCUGGCCAUUUCCGAUGCACCGUCUGCAAACCGAAAUGCCACAUUCGCAUGUACACCCAGGGGCUGAGGAUCAAAGCCCAGGAUGAGAAGCCCCACUUCAAUACCUCACAGCCAGUUGAUGCUGACAGCUCAUACUUACACGCAGGACAUUGUCACGGUGGGUUGGUGUAAACAGAAUCAGUGUAUUAUCAGCUUGCCUGCGGUUACAUUAGGAGCAACAUGUUCAUUUUGCCUAUAACACUGUACCGUUACUACUGUCUCUGCCGCUCUCUCACUGUAAGGACUAAUGAUAUAAGAACACCACUCUCCUCCAAAGCCCCUGCUUUACAUAUUUUACAUGCAGUGACUUUCCUGUCCAAUAAGGAAGCUUUCUGAGGCUGUCAUAUUCAUCUUAAUUUAAAGUGAUAGCGCUUUAUUCUCUUAUUCUAUGUUUGGAGCGAUUCCGUAGCGCUGGUGGAGAGUAAGGGCACCACACAAAUUGCAGGAAUCAUUCUGACAUUGCUGGAAUUUGAUCUUUAAUGCGUAAGAAGCAGCUGAAUUUAGGACUUGCCUUGCACUUACACGCUGGUGUGUGUGCGAACAUUCAGCAACAGUAAAUAUCUGUACAGCCAGUCAAAGCACCCCAGCUCAAAGGCAGGGUGAAAUUUAAUGCUUAUUUCACAUGAACUUUGAAUAUAUUUUGGGGGAAGCCUUAACAGUUUGGCUGGAUUUGUGGUGAACUUGUGACAGAAGGCUCUGUGAGUUUCCUCCAAGUCAGGAGCUGCAGGAUCGGCAGGUGCCCCUAAAGGAUGGCAAAGGGUUGUGCUCAGGGCUCUGGCGAGCGGGGGAACGCGACCGCUCUCACGCAAGCGAAGACCGAUUCACCGUGACACAAGGACGACCGUUGCUCCGGCUGACAACGCAUUGGAAUGUCUCGCUGCUUUCUCGUGACGUAAAAGGACACUCAGAGCCAUGACAUACUGUACCACUUAAAAAUAACAACAGUAUGACACCAGAACUGAAACAUUAGUGCUACACAUGAGCCAUUGGAACCAGAAGGAAAACACACUUUUUUUAAAUCAACCCUUUUGUUUCUUUAACAUUACAUUGUUUUACCACUGUGGACAGUCUUUUUCAUAUCGGUGUUAAAAGAGCAUAUUGUUUAUUUUAUUUAA